AUGGUAUUUGCCAUCGUCUCCUUCAUUCGUGACGGCGAAUGGAUGGCUUCAAGAAGUCAGAUAUAUGGCAUUUAUGCCGCUACCAUAAUAGUCCACGGCAUACUUGCCAUACUGGCGGCGCCAAUUAUGCAUCGCAUACAGUCAGCCUGUAUCGUUGCUAAUGUUGGCCUAGUACUAGCAACUGUUAUUGCAUUGCCGAUCGGAAGAUCAAGAACCGCCGAAGGUAUCAAUUCUGCAGCCUAUGUUUUCAGCCACGUAGAGAACCAUACUUCAUGGCCAACAGGGUGGGCAUUUAUGCUCGCGUGGCUGUCACCCAUCUGGUCCGUCGGCGCUUUUGAUUCCUGCGUCCAUAUGAGCGAGGAGGCGAUGAACGCUGCCAAAGCUGUUCCCUAUGGAAUCCUGGGAGCCAUUGGCGCAUGUUGGUCCCUUGGUUUUCUAUCUCUUUGCAUUAUCGCUGCCUGUAUAAGUACCGACUUAAGCUCAGUCCUCGAGAGCCGGUUUGGUCAGCCAAUUGCCCAGAUAUACUAUGAUGCUCUGGGGAGAAAUGCAGCAAUAGGGUUUAUGGUGACCAUGGCAACAGUCCAGUUUUUCAUGGGAUUAAGCAUUGUGAUCGCGGCAUCUCGACAGACAUGGGCCUUCUCCCGUGAUGGUGCCCUCCCCUUCUCAAACUACAUGAAGGUAGUCAGCAGAAGAUUCCGUUAUCAACCAGCGCGUGCGGUAGUGGGAGUCACUAUCACGUCCGUCAUACUUGGCUUGCUUUGCCUUAUCAACAGCGCUGCCACAAACGCGCUAUUCUCGCUAACCGUCGCUGGAAACAAUGUUGCCUGGGCGACUCCGAUAUUCUGCCGUAUAUUCUGGGGCCAGAACAAGUUCAAGCCUGGUGCAUUUUACACAGGCCGGCUCAGCACACCAAUCGCCAUCCUUGCACUCGCGUAUCUCUCCUUCUCAGUCACUCUGUCGAUGUUCCCAACUGCCGGGCCAGCACCAUCCCGUAAGUACUUUCCCGCCAUCUUUCUCCAGCAUUAUGUGUCCCAUGGUAACACCAAUAUUUCCAUAGCGGAUGGCAUGAACUACACUAUCGCGAUCAACGGGUGUGUCUGGGUCGGCUCGCUGUUGUACUAUUUCGUAUCUGCCAAAAAUUGGUUCCAUGGGCCGCAGAGGACUCUGGACCCAGCAUCGGUGUCUCUGGAAGGAAGCGAAGACAAAGAGAAGAGAUGA